CUUUCCCUCUUUUCCCUACACUUACUGAUAUGGCAGCUGAAGACUACGAUCCAUCAUUACAACCUAAGCUUGACUGGUGGCAUGUUGCUCAAUCUUCAGUUUUCGUUCUUGUUGCUGCCCUGAUCAGCUUUUGCAUGGGUACCCGGUUAGAACUGUCGUUAAUUAUCUCAGGCAUCCGCUGCGUUGUUCAGCUUACAAUGAUGGGCUAUGUUCUCGACGACGUCCUAAGUUCUAAUAAUGCUGGUAUCGUUGUGUUAAUGACCUUGACAUUGGUGCUGCUAGGCGCUUACGAGACUACAUUCAAUCGAGCCAAAAAAACGUUCAAGGGAUUUUUCGUCAACAUGCUUGUGAUCUUACUAGUCAGUAAUGUGUUCAUCGCUUUUCUUGGGUCAGCAUUCGCGUUAAAAGAACAGCCCUUCUGGUCACCACCAAAGUUCAUUCCAAUAGUGGGCAUGUUGCUUGGUAACUCAAUGAGCAGCAUUGCAAUGGCAACAGAACAGUGCCUUGAUCAUUUGAGUCUGAACGGACCUAUCCUUGAGGCGCGACUAUCGUUUGGUGCAACACGAUUUGAAGCAGCGAGACCCCUGGCUGUAGAAGCUAUUCGUGUGUCGAUGCUUCCGGUCAUUACGCAACUUAGCGUUAUGGGUCUGAUAAACAUACCUGGGACGAUGGUCGGAUUAAUCCUGGCCGGAACGCCAAUGACCGAUGCAGUUGUUUAUCAGCAAUGUAUUAUGUUUAUGAUUGCUGCCAGUAGUGCAUUAGGCGUAGCGAUGGCCGUUAUUGCUUGCUUGAUGGUUCUUGUUGAUAAACAUCACUCGCUACGUCGUGAAAAGAUUCUGGAUAACCCUCCUCUUAUUCGCUUUAAAACAAUCGUAGACUUAAGUCAAGCUGUCAGCAGCUCAAUCGGCCCCACAGCAUGCUUUGCAAAAUGUCGCCGAGCUAAUCGCCGGCAAGAACCUGUAUACGAAGAAGUAGAGCUGCGUUAAAAUUUGUUGCAUAUUAUGUACAGUGAUGAAUCGACUCGUCAUCCUUCUUUAUAGAAUGGACUUCAUGAAAAUUGUUCUUGUUCUUUCUUCUACUUCCUCUAAACGUAACAGUUUUGUAUAUUUUCCUUUCUUCUUUUAGUGCCCCUUACAGCUAUUAUCUCGUAUUCUUUACAUAUCCUUUUGUAUAUUUUUUGCUUAACCAUCUUAUUUCUUCAAAUACUCCCUACUUGCUGUUUUGUCUAGUAUAUUACUGUGGAUCAUCCGUUGUAUUGAG